AUGCGGAAGCCAUUGUUGAGUUAUUGUGGAGUCACAGAUGAAGGUUUUGCUGCUCUGACUUCAGCUCUGAGAUCAAACCCCUCACACCUGAGACUACUGGAUCUGACUGGGAAUAAACUAGGAGAUUCCGUUCCUCUGCUCUCUGCUGUACUGGAGGAUCCUCACUGUAAACUGGAGAGGCUGUGGUUGAGUAAUUGUGGAGUCACAGAUGAAGAUUGUGCUGCUCUGACUUCAGCUCUGAGAUCAAACCCCUCACAACUGAGAGAACUGAAUCUAGAUAAUAGAAACCUACGAGAUCCGGGUGUGAAGCUUCUCUCUGUUGUACUGGAGGAUCCUGACUGUAAACUGGAGAAACUCUGGUUGUGGGAUUGUGGAGUCACAGAUGAAGGUUUUGCUGCUCUGACUUCAGCUCUGAGAUCAAACCCCUCACACCUGAGACUACUGAAUCUGUCUAUGAAUAAACUAGGAGAUUCAGUUCCUCUGCUCUCUGCUGUACUGGAGGAUCCUCACUGUAAACUGGAGAAUCUGUGGUUGAGGAAUUGUGGAGUCACAGAUGAAGAUUGUGCUGCUCUGACUUCAGCUCUGAGAUCAAACCCCUCACAACUGAGAGAACUGAAUCUAGAUAAUAGAAACCUACGAGAUCCGGGUGUGAAGCUUCUCUCUGUUGUACUGGAGGAUCCUGACUGUAAACUGGAGAAACUCAGGUUGAGGGAUUGUGGAGUCACAGAUGAAGGUUUUGCUGCUCUGACUUCAGCUCUGAGAUCAAACCCCUCACACCUGAGAGAACUGAAUCUGACUGGGAAUAAACUAGGAGAUUCAGUUCCUCUGCUCUCUGCUGUACUGGAGGAUCCUCACUGUAAAAUGGAGAAUCUGAGGUUGAGGUAUUGUGGAGUCACAGAUGAAGGUUUUGCUGCUCUGACUUCAGCUCUGAGAUCAAACCCCUCACACCUGAGACUACUGGAUCUGACUGGGAAUAAACUAGGAGAUUCAGUUCCUCUGCUCUCUGCUGUACUGGAGGAUCCUCACUGUAAACUGGAGAAUCUGGGGUUGAGUUAUUGUGGAGUCACAGAUGAAGGUUUUGCUGCUCUGACUUCAGCUCUGAGAUCAAACCCCUCACACCUGAGACUACUGGAUCUGACUGGGAAUAAACUAGGAGAUUCCGUUCCUCUGCUCUCUGCUGUACUGGAGGAUCCUCACUGUAAACUGGAGAGGCUGUGGUUGAGUAAUUGUGGAGUCACAGAUGAAGAUUGUGCUGCUCUGACUUCAGCUCUGAGAUCAAACCCCUCACAACUGAGAGAACUGAAUCUAGAUAAUAGAAACCUACGAGAUCCGGGUGUGAAGCUUCUCUCUGUUGUACUGGAGGAUCCUGACUGUAAACUGGAGAAACUCUGGUUGAGGUAUUGUGGAGUCACAGAUGAAGGUUUUGCUGCUCUGACUUCAGCUCUGAGAUCAAACCCCUCACACCUGAGACUACUGGAUCUGUCUGUGAAUAAACUAGGAGAUUCAGUUCCUCUGCUCUCUGCUGUACUGGAGGAUCCUCACUGUAAACUGGAGAAUCUGGGGUUGAGGUAUUGUGGAGUCACAGAUGAAGGUUUUGCUGCUCUGACUUCAGCUCUGAGAUCAAACCCCUCACAACUGAGACUACUGGAUCUGACUGGGAAUAAACUAGGAGAUUCAGUUCCUCUGCUCUCUGCUGUACUGGAGGAUCCUCACUGUAAACUGGAGAAUCUGUGGUUGAGUUAUUGUGGAGUCACAGAUGAAGGUUUUGCUGCUCUGACUUCAGCUCUGAGAUCAAACCCCUCACACCUGAGACUACUGGAUCUGUCUGUGAAUAAACUAGGAGAUUCAGUUCCUCUGCUCUCUGCUGUACUGGAGGAUCCUCACUGUAAACUGGAGAAACUGUGGUUGAGUGAUUGUGGAGUCACAGAUGAAGGUUUUGCUGCUCUGACUUUAGCUCUGAGAUCAAACCCCUCACACCUGAGACUACUGGAUCUGACUGGGAAUAAACUAGGAGAUUCAGACAUCAAGCUUCUCUCUGAUCUAAAGAAUGAUCCACAUUAUAAACUGGAGACACUAUUAUGGUGAAUAAGGAGCCGCUACAGAGACGUCACAGUCACACAGACUGAAGACACAGAGACGUCACAGCGAUCUCACUUUCGUGUGUGUGUGUGUGUGUGUGACUUCACAGCAGUUUCUUGUUUGGAUCUUUUUGUGGGUCUGAAUUUUUUUUUUUUAAUCACAGAUGACAUCAGAUUUCCACAAUGAUCUAAUAGAGGAUUUGAACUCACUAAUAAAUAAUGUAAGAUUCUUCUAUUUGUGAUGAACCAUGAAAACUGCUGAAGACGCAUCUUUUUGUAGACUAAACUGGG